CGGUAUUGUACCGUUGUAAUCAUUGGUCAACUGCGCUGGUAGAAGAAGUAGACAGGGGCAGCACCCGGAAGCAGAUGCGUCGCUCAAUGCCGGAUAAUUUAACUUGUUAUGGGGGAUUUAACUUUUACAUUCUAUGUACAGGCUGGAAUAAGUAUUUGAAAAAGGACGAUACAUUUAGUUUUAACAGGUGCCAGAGGCCUUAUAGACAUGGUGGGCUAUGACCCCAGGGCACAGGGGGCGCCCCUCGCCGCAGAGGAAGCAGCCCUGGCUGGCUCAGCCGCUGGGAUGGUCACCCGGGCCAUCAUCAACCCCCUCGAUGUCAUCAAGAUACGAUUCCAGCUGCAGAUCGAGAGUCUGUCGACUGCCGGGCCAACAGGAAAGUACAGCGGAAUAUUUCAGGCCUCACGUUGCAUUCACACAGAGGAAGGCCUCUGGGCCUUCUGGAAGGGCCACGUCCCUGCACAGCUUCUUUCGAUUUGCUACGGAGCAGUCCAGUUUGCCAGCUUUGAGUGUCUGACAAGGGUGGUCCAUGACAUGACGCCCUUUGACAGCCAGACGUCAGGAGUGCACUUCAUGUGCGGAGGCUUGGCCGCCUGCUCGGCUACCGUGGUGUGUCAGCCUCUGGACACGCUGCGCACGCGCUUUGCAGCUCAGGGCGAACCCAAGGUGUACAAGAAGCUGACCCACGCCGUGUGGACAAUGUGGCGCACAGAGGGAGUGCUGACGUUCUACCGCGGCCUCUCUCCCACGCUCAUCGCUGUCUUUCCUUACGCCGGCCUGCAGUUCUUCUUCUACAACGUCUUUAAAAGGCUUUUGACUCCGCCCCCCUUUGCUGGGAAAUCCGGAGAAAACCUCAGGAGUCUGAUCUGUGGGAGUGGAGCGGGAGUCAUUAGCAAAACAAUCACGUAUCCUUUUGACCUCUGUAAGAAAAGACUCCAGGUUGGAGGUUUUGAGGAGGCCAGAGUACACUUUGGACAGGUGCGGCGCUACCGGGGCUUGGCGGACUGCGUGGUCCGCAUUGCCAAAGAAGAGGGCGUUCGAGGCUUCUCUAAAGGCCUCUCUCCCAGCCUGGUGAAGUCGGCGCUGUCAACGGGUUUGACUUUUUUUUGGUACGAGUUUCUCCUCAACGCACUACGUGACCUCAAGGAGAGCCGAGGAGUGAAGGACAAAAGAUAACAACGGGACACAAAGGACGUAGUAUUGAGUUUACAUACAAGUCAUGUGCUUUUGUGUCUUUUUACGUAUAUAUGUAAACAUUAUUAUAUUAUACUAAAAGUUAUCAUGUCUUUUUUUUUUAAGAAUAUCAUCUGGUUGUUUUAAUAUUGAACGGAAAACCUUCAUCGCGUUUAUGUAAUCAAAUUGUACAUGUGUGGAUUCAAGUACAAUGUAAAGUGUACUAUUUAUAAGGGGAGUGUGUUGACAUUGAAUGUUGUUAUUAAAGUUUAUGGCAGUUA